AAGACAAGACACCAGUCUAUCCAUCCCAAUGUUAACUCUCUCAGGAUCUUCUACCUGACCAUUUUCCAUCACUUUCUCCAGAAAAUUUACAGGAAAACAACAUCUUAUGGGCCGGAACUCGUCUCUUCACGAGAUCGAUGACAGUAGCAAUGGCAAUGGCGGGAACAACAACGGCACCAACACCAGCGCCAGCAAAAAUAGCAACGAUCAAGUGUUACAGUCGAUCCGCGAUCGCUUCCUGUCCAAGCGAAACCCUAGCCAUAGCCGAGACCGCAGUAAACCGUUUACCGUAGAUCCACCGUCGGUCCGUAACCGGCUUCCGAACCAUGGCCGCUUCAAUCGAAAGGGCUUGGUCUCGAUUUUUCCGUUUCGGGGAGCGUAUUUAUUCUAUUUUAUUAUAUUCUUCGCGGUUUUUGCAUUUGCGAUGGCGUCGAUGGUGUUGCAAAGCUCGAUCACGGAGAUGGUGUUCAGACAGGGCGAUGAUAGUAUGGUCAGGAGAUCAGUUAAGAAGGGGAUAAGGUUCGGCAGCACAUUGCGGUUUAUGCCUGGAGACGUCUUGCGCCGGCUUUCUGAAAGGGAUGGGAUCGAUAGUUUGCGAUCCACAGUUAGGAUCGGUGUUCGCCGCCCAAGGCUUGCUCUU